AACAGUUCUUGUCGAAAUCUCGUUCCCUUUGAAAUGCAGUUAGGCUAACUGAUUAGCUUCCACCUAGCUAGCGUCUAAAACACAGAAUUCGGGCCAUUUUAACCCCAAAAUGUCAAUUUGCGUCGAAAAUCAACAACACCUAUGGAGCAAAGUAACGGCGUUAAAGUGAUGCCAGUUAAUUCGGUGAUUCAGAGUUGACUAUGAGCUCCCUAUCGGCCCAGGCUUCCGCCUCUGGCACACCAUGCAGGGCACUGCCUGGAGAAGGAAAUCAGGUUCAACCCAAAGCUCCCCUCUUGCAAAUACUGCGCAUUGCUGGAGCCCAGGAGGACGUCUUCACACUUAAAGAGGUAAUGCACUACUUGGGCCAGUACAUUUUGGGAAAGCAGCUCUACGAUAAACAAAGGCAGCACAUUGUCCAUUGCCAGGAUGACCCAUUGGGAGAGCUGCUGGAAGUGGAGAGCUUCUCUGUGAAGAACCCAAGCCCGGUGUAUGAAAUGCUCAAGAAAUAUGUCGUCAUACUCGAUAGUGCUGACGCUGCAGAGAAUCUUUCUGUGGGCCGUGAGUGUGUUGAGGGCGGAGUGGAAGAUCGUGGUCAGAUUUUUGGGGGUGUGGUCAAAGCGGGACUGGAGGCUGCCAGUGACAGGCCUCCCCUGCCGACCUGUUCCCAGAGAAGACCUCGAGAGCCUGAUGACGACUCCCUUGAAGGUUUGCCACGCUCUGCCUGCAAACGACCCAAAUUAGAUGUCACUCUUGAUGACUGGGACCUCUCUGGCUUGCCCUGGUGGUUUUUGGGCAAUCUCCGCAGUAACUACAGCCGCAGGAGCAACGGGUCCACUGAUAUUCACACCAACCAAGAGGAGGACACGGCCAUCGUGUCGGACACCACGGACGACCUGUGGUUCUUGACGGAGGGCGAAAGUGAGCAAGUGAGCGUGGAGAUGAAGGAGGCUGCGCUGGAAGAGAGAAGCGCCGGCGAAGGAGAUGCGCCGCUCGAUGAGGAGGAUGGAGGGGGAAAGGAGGAGAAGACGGAUCGAGAGAUGCAGGAGGAGCCAGACGAAGAUUCUCAGUGUCUCAGUGAUGACACAGACACCGAGAUCUCCACACAGGAUGCGUGGCAAUGCAGCGAAUGCAGGAAGUACAACUCUCCUCUGCAGCGGUAUUGCGUCCGCUGCUGGGCCCUGCGUAGGAACUGGUACAAAGACGUGCCCCGACUCGCCCACUCCCUCUCCGUCCCCGACAUCCCGGCGUUCGGCUCCCUGAGCGCGCACCACGAGGACGACGACAGCGACGCGGGCAUCGACGUCCCCGACUGCAGCCGCACCGUUUCUGACCCGGUCAUCCUGCCCUCCCACUCCACCGCCGACCGGCCGCUGCCACCCGCCCCCGCGUCCCGACGCCACGCCGGCCCCAAGGACGGGCAGGCGUCGGGCGGGGAGAGUCAGGAGAGUCUGGGCAUGGAGGUUGAGGUUGAAUGCCAACCGGAGGCCUUGCUGGAGCCGUGCAAGCUGUGUCGGGUUCGACCCCGCAAUGGCAACAUAAUCCACGGACGCACGGCCCAUCUCCUCACCUGCUUCCCGUGUGCCAGGAGGCUCCACAAAUUCCAGGCUCCUUGCCCGGGAUGUGGACAGAUUAUCCAGAAAGUUGUAAAGAUAUUCGUUGUGUAGAAUCCCAGCGGCUCACUCAUUUGCAUGCACUCUUGUGUAUGUUUAGCAACAUCUCAUUUUAGCACUUUGGCGCCUCUGAAGGAUGGACGGAGCCGUAUUUUGUUUGGUGCCACGUUCUCACAAGGGAUCAAUAAGAGCUGAGAGAUAUAUUUAUUUAUGAGAGUUGAUGUGCAGAUUUUUUGUGCCCUUGUUGUAAAAUGAUGAGAUCCAUUGAAUGGUGCUGUCUGAAAAAUUAGUUGUUUUUUUGGGGGGGGUGGUCAUGUUUGGUUUUCCCUAUCGAUUGAUUUCAGCCUCUAUGAAGAAGAAUCUACAUGACUUUUUUUUUUUUUUUUAACUAUGCGUUUUGUUUUGAAUGUGUUGUGUGGGUCAGGGAUACGACCAGGCUGAAGAAUGAAACCACAAUGCUCUUAUUACAAUCAUCUGCCUCAGCUCUCCCUUUGUAUGUAAAUUAGGAAUGCUCAAUUAAUGUCUAAUUGCUCAAAUUGAUAUCAGCACUGCGCUGCAGUCAUUGGUGUACUUUUUGGAGGGCAAAGGAAUAUUUAUAAAGUGACAGCAAUGCGACGCAUUUUAACGUUUUCUCUCAAGGGGGCCUAAUUUGACCAGCCCUCCAAUAAAGUGAGAAUGUAUUUAAUUUAUUUAUGAUCGUUUUAAAUUGAAGUAAAAGCCUGCACUUGUUCUGUUAAAGAGCAUCAAAAGUUACAUCUCAAGUAGGCUAAAUGUAUAUGAAUUGUCGCGAAUAAAAAGGCCGAAAGGGAGGUUGAGGCUUGAUUCGAGCUUUUCACUGCCAUGUGAUCAUUUUCCAUUAGUAUUAGCAGAUUUUGUUUCCAUGCUUUUGCAUUAUUUGCAAGAUUGUAAUAUACAACCGCACACUUACAUUACUUUUUGAGUGAUGAUGUCAAGCCUUCUACAAAAGCUGUACAGAUGUCACCAGGCUUCAGUGAAGUUAUUUGAUGGCUCUUUGCCUGCGCUUUAUUUCUCUGCCUGUAGGGGGUGAUAAGUCCUGCGUGGUGGUGGUGGUGGUGACAAGCUGUACAUUAGCACUAACAUAAAGCAAAUGUAGAUGGAUGCAUGUCUGUUGUAAUGACCACUAGAUCAUCAUAACGAAAGCACGGGAGAGCGACAUGAGCUUUGCGUUUAUAAUACACAAAUAUGAAAGUGGCUUGCUGUGUUGUCUCUCUGACCAAAUAAACAUAUUUGCAAACCUCUA